CACACUAUGGUCGCUAUGGUGGACCUACAAUGGGAUUUCGGGACCUAGCAUGUGGGGUAAAAUCAACCACGAGUGGUAUAUGUGCAGCAAAGGCAAGAACCAAUCACCGAUUGACAUCGAUCCAAAUGACCUUCUGUUCGAUCCAACGUUGAAACAUAUUGCGAUUGAAGGAAAAACGAUUACGGGGGUGGUCGUCAACACGGGCGUGGAUCUGACAGUCGAGGUCAACAACACGGAUGCAUUUCCACCGCUGAAUAUAACGAUGGGACCAGUGUCUUACACAUACACUUUGGCUCAAAUAAAAUUGCAUUUCGGUAGCUUGGAUGGCUCUGGUUCAGAGCAUACUGUAGCAGGAGAGUUCUUCGACGGGGAGAUGCAUCUUAUAGCCUACAACUCUGACGUUUACAACAAUCUGACACAUGCUCAAAAUGCCCCAAGGGGUGUCGUCAUAUUAGCAGCGUUUCUGCAGACUGGUCGAAUAAAGCAUCCAGAAUUUGAAAUUUUGACAAAUUUAAGUCAGUUAGUAUUGUAUCAAGGACAAAGGGCGCGAUUGAAAGAGUUGAAUCUCGCCUCGUUGCUUCCGAACAUCGAAUAUUUUAUGACGUAUGAAGGAUCGUUUACUCAACCGGGUUGCUAUGAAUCAGUUACUUGGAUAGUAUUUAAUAGACCGAUUAACGUUCAUCAAAACCAAAUUGAAGCAUUACGCAACCUUAGACAGAGGGAUAUAACAUAUCCACAGGCCUUCAUGGCCGACAAUAAUAGACCGGUAAUGCCUUCCAACAGACGACCUAUUAGAACAAAUAUCAAUUUUAAACGAGAUUGCACCAUGAAGCAAGAUAUGCACUAUCAGCUCAACAGACGACUUAGAGUCAAAAAAUGAUGAGUGAGGAACUCUAGCUGAAGACACGGUUUAACUUCACGAAGAAUGUGACUACAAGCCUUGCAAGAUGUGUUUGUUUUCAACGAAAAACAAGUGAAUAUGUUGUAAUUUACUGAUUGCUGCUGAAAUGUAUACAUGGUUUUCAGCACAGCCUAUGACAUGCACAAUUCCUGGUGUACGAUUUUAUUGUGAGGCAAAUACAAUCUAAGCUGCCUGAAUUGGACAACACAUUGUUAAUGAUCUGGAUUUAGUAAAGUUUCUUUAAUUAUUUCGUUGCAAUAAAUGUUGUAAGACCGAUUUGAAGUACUCAAACAUGUGUGACUGAUAUGAUAUAUCGGUGUUUUGAAAUAUGGACCCCGAUGUAAGGACAAAAAAAAGAAUCCAGUCCAUACAUCUAAAACUUAUGUCAGUGUAAUAGUUGUAGUGUUGUUUUUUAAAUCAAUUUUACAAACAAUUUGUCGCAUAUGUAUGCAUUUGUUAUAGUAUUUGUUAACUGGUGCUAUAUAUUGAGCAUGUACAUAAAUAAAUUAUUUUACUACAAUCCGUUUUUCAAAGGCACUUCUCGAGUCUAAUGUAGUAAUUGCAGUUUUACACAAACGCACAUCUAACCCUACAGAAGAAAAACAGUCAAAAUAUAUAGAUACAAGAGGCCUUGUUUUGGCUAACAAUGUGUGCAGAAUAAUUAUGACUCCUCAAGUUUUUUAAAUAAGAAUGCCUA